UCCACUGUGUGGAUGGGUGAAUAAUGUAAACGGAUAUACGGGUAGUAUGUGAAUAAUCGUGAGUUUCUGAAAGUGACGAGAACACACAACAGAAUAACACCUCCGCCUAAAUUAGUGAAGACUGGUGUUAAGGUCGACAAACCCUCCAGCAAGGCUAAAAAUAAUAGAAUCUCUCAUCGAGCUGCUGGACCAGCUUUCUGCACGUACCUGAUAUUAGUGUUUGUUGCGAUUGUACUUUUUCGCAACGCCUGUUCGUAGCUCUCUUCUUUGGUUUAGUGAAAAUAUGUAAUCUUCGGGUAGCGCAACGCAAGCAAAGAACAACGGAUUCGUCAAUUGUGUCGCACCAUUUGCCGUGCGUGCGAUUUCUUGCAUCUUGCAAAAUCGCACAUACGCCGUGUGCGCCAGUGAGUGUAUGUGUGUGUAGGUGUUCCUUGAUUUCUUCUGCCACCACCAAUAACCAUCACCUCAAUGGGCGAUGAGCUGGACAUGAACUUUGGAGAGCUGCGGGACAAAAAUGAAAUCAUCCGGAAGUACGUGGAAAACCUGAACCGCCUCCGACAGCUGGCUGCACGGCGUGGUCAGGUCAGCGAGGGCGAGUUCAACAACUACCUUAUCCGGCACUACUUCCAUAACAACAACAUCAUCAACUACAUUUUCGAUAAGCAUACGAGUCGCAUACUCCUGAAGACGGUCAUCGAGCGGAAGAAGAAGAUAAUUAACUUCAUCUUCCUGCUGAUGACGCUCUUCAUCGUUUUCUCGUACAAGCACGAAGUAUCCACCGUCGUUCUUCGUAAUAUCCAGAGCUUCAUCUAUCCUGGAAUGCGCUUCUGGCGCAAGGCUACCGUUCCGAUAAUUGCGUCCUACCCCUCGCUGACGGAGUAUUACGAUGAAAGCUGCCUGCUGACGAAUCCUUACUUUCAAGUGGAAAAUCUCAAUUGCGAUCCUUGUGCGGACGUGGCCAACGUACUCGACUUUACUGCCGUACUGGAGUCACGUUCGACGACAUCGGCCUCCGCGGCAGCAGCGGCCGCUGUCAAUUAUCCUUACAUUUUCAAAACGCAAAAAGAGCUUGUCGACAUCGGGAGUCUGCAGACUCUCUUCGAGCAGCACCGGUCAGUAUUUACCAAAGACGCGUACAGGGUGCAGUCAACCGAUGACGCGAUCCGCAACCUGGACGAUCUGUUCCGGGUGUUUGUGAACGUCAGCCACGGCGGAACCGGUGGUACGCCAAAGACGGGAACGGCCCCACCGGAAAGCCACAGCGUGUGGCGAUGCAACCGGAUGGAACCGGCACGACUCCUGCGAAGGUUGUUUCCCCGGCCCUCACGGCUGCCGGCGACGGGCGUUAGUUUGGAGCGCUACCUGCUGAUCGAUACGCCGCAGGCCCCACUCUACAGCAUCCCGGACGCAGAAUGUGCCAACAUGUUCGUCAUUCAGGGCAGCGGUAGCCGUACGUUUUUGCUGCGACCGACGCAGGAAUGCCGGCACCGGUGCAGGACACUCUCCGUACGAUUGCCACCGUACUAUGGAUUGAUCUACAACUGGUGGUACUGGAAGCCAGUAUCCCUACCGGAGUUUACCGCCAAAAGCCCAUCGAUUAGCUACGUUGGAAGCUAUUGUUGAGAAAAGAAAGAUUCCAUGCAACAUACAGGACGAUAUACGGAGCAGAGGACGAUCGGUCGGUUAAUUUAGUAUUUAGCACAUCCAUCGCAGAGCAAGAUUCGUUUUACUCGAAAAAAACCACACUAUUAUGUGUUACAUACUGGCGUAAUACAAUUUGAUGAAUGGUGCGCCAGUAAACCCCAACGCUAUGAGAUUUCCAAACGAACGACGCUUCCAUGCGUCCAAGGCGCGGGACAACAGGAUAGAGUUUUAGAAGCAAUUGUCGACGAUAGUGAAGGACUAGCUUUGUAUUUUUUUUUUUACAUUAUGGACCGAUUAUUAUUUUCUUAAGGAAGCAUUUUACUUUUCAAAAGUAAACAGUUGAACAAAAAAAAAAUAAGUCAAAAAAAUAGAACCCAGCGAAAAACGCGUAAUCCAAUGAAAUAUUAUUUAUACCAUUAGUGGACUGUAAAUAGAUUGUGUGAUUAUUUGAGGGCAUUUACAGCAAAAGAUAACGAACACUGGCAGUAAUACAUAUUAAACCAAUGCACAAACGGGAACGAUGGCCGCCAAUAGCAUAAGCUCAAAACAUUACACGUUGAUCGUAGCGCAAUGCAUUAACAGUUUCUUUCUCUAUUCUAACCGUAACCAGAAUAGUUGCAAUGAAUUAACAAACAAGCCCACUUCAGCAGGGUUGCGGAUGAAGAAAGCUCUCUGGAAUCUCGAGAGGGACUUUUUCGUUACAAACGUGUUCUUUAUGUUGUGUGCGGGGGUUUUUAUUUUAUUUUUAUUAUUAUUUUUUUUUUUUUAUAUCACCUCAACGAUAUUUUGGAGAGAUUAUUUACCAACUAACCAAGGUUUAAAACCAAAAAUCACAUUUGCGCUAAAGAGACUGUUAUGAUUUACAUUUUGUUUUUCUUUCGUUCUUAGGCUUAUUUCCAGUUUAAGUUCUAGGAUAUUUAGCAUAUACACUACCGAAGAGAUCAGCUGUUGAUCAAUCUCAGACUCUUUCCUGUAGUUAUACUAGCGAAUAAGCUGUACCGCUCGCCAUUUCCGAAACAAACAAAUCAGUCGCGCAUAGAAUUUUGUAAGCCUGAUUUGAUGUCAAUUUGUUUUCCCUCUUCUCGGGAGUGUCCGUUCAAACGGCUAACACUAUUAACUUGUACAUCUAUGAACAGGAGGCUUAACGUUAAUGCAUCUACGAACAGAAGGUAUCACACUUACAAAAAGAUCGCUUCGACGUAUAUACAAAAAAAGCAACUAGAAACAGCACUGAUCUUACUAGCAACCAGAAGCAAUGUUUUUUUUACUUUAAUUAAUAACGCUAAGCCAUCAAUAACAAUAUCAGUCCUUCCUGACCUAGGAAUGGGCAGCGAUUUGAAGAUGUUGAGAAGAAAAACAGACGUAAUGUUCCACCUUGGGGAAGGGAUAACUAGGAGGAAAUAAGUAAAACUGAAAUAUGGCUCUUGUGUUACAA